CACUUCCACUAAAGAAAUAAAAAAAAUCGAAAUGUAAGAAAAUAUCUUUCAUGCCUGCCUUUCCAUCUUGAUUCUUUUCGAGCUGGCGGCAGUCAUCGAGUGGUUGUUGGACGGUGAAGGCACGUUUCUACGUCGGGGGUCGUGUGUCGUCUAUUGCAGUGAAUGAACGAUCAUCUCAUCUUUGUGAUCUCACCUCGGAAGAUGGACGUUUGCUGUGUCUAAUUAGCAUCUGGAGAGGGUGGCUCGUAUAUUCUCAUUGGGAUUACUGUGCAAUUGCGCAAUUUGCUCAACCAGUUUGAUUCGAUAAAAUUGGCAGAAUCGGUGGUGAUCACGCAAGGAAGUGAUUCGGAAUCAGUAAUGAAGAAACAGGAAAAGUUUUAGUGUCCUUGGUAGCAUUUAUUGGCAGUGAUCCAUGGUGUAUAAUUACUGUAUAGAAGAAUUACGGUUGAGUGGCACGGUAAUUCGUGUAAAAAGGUGAUCGUCGCCAAUUUGCUAGUCCUGGAAUGGUCCGUGCGAGCUAAAGGUGAAGAGAACGCCGUGCUGCAAGAGAGUGGUUCAAGCAACAAGCUGUAUAACGAGAUUGGCAUAGUGGAUUACUUUACAAACACCAUAAAAGUGACCGUGCGAAGGAUUUUUCUCAACAGUUGGAAUUUCUGUUAAUCUGUCUGUCGUAGUGUAUGCCGCCAGCCGAACUAUGAUGCUGUAGAGCGCAGAUCUCUCGAAGACCAUGUAAAGAUCAACUAGAUUCCACGGAACCGAUUGGUGUAUGAAGGCGUUCAAAAGAUGGCACUGCGACUGCGUAAGGAUGUCCAGAAGGCAUCCUACUACGUCUGGUUCCUAGGAGCACAGGAAGCGAAAGGAUUGCGCGGAUCGCGCGUGCUGUUGCCAGUAAUCCCGAGGCUUAUCGAGCGGUCCAAGGAACACGAGCCCCUCAAGGUUACACUGCAGAUAUCCCAUAAAGGGCUGAAAAUAAUUCAAGGCUCAGCGAAGCAUUUCAUACCGCACGGUGCUAUAACAUGUUCUGUGCAGACAGAGGAUAUUGUAGCUUGCAUUCUGCUGCUGUACAAUCCAGCCACCAAGUGUCCCCUCCACGUGCACGCGUACCGAUGCGAUUCCGAAGCAACCGCCCAAGCGCUGCACGAGCAACUCCAGAUACUGAUAAACCGUGCCGAAAAUCAGAAGAGAUUCGCUGAACUAGAAACUAGACUGGGUUUACCAUCGCAAUUAACAGCAUCGGUAGUAACAGCGACUCCGGAAAGAAAGCAUCAUCAGCAACACCACCAACAACAGCAGAUGCCGAGAAGAUUCGAUUCGCCACGUCGGUUUGACUCAUCGCACGGAAGUGACACUGGGACCAGUACCAGAGAAUCGGAAUGCAGCGAAGAGCAGCAACACUCGCCGACUAGUCCAGUCUCGCCCAUUUCGAGCCAAUCCAAGCUGUACGACUCGUUGGCGGCCGAACUGCGGGAGAAGUUGAGCGGCGGGGUGCCACUACUGCUGCCGGCCAAGGACAUCGAUAAGGCGAACGGCAACGACUCGCGAAGAUGUCGAAAUCCGUGCGUUGUCGGUUCGGUGACGACCGGGGUCAACAAGCUUGGUGUGUCGUCACGUGGUUCUUCCGGCAUUGGGUCGGACUUGGCGCCUAGUCCAGAGCGUCAGGAUGCUCACAGUUCAAGUGAGGAGGAAUGGGUCAACGAUGCGGCGCAACCGUUCGCCAGCACUUCCCGUCAGCAGCCAGCAGGCAAGACCCGAUCGAAAGAACGGUACGCCGAGGAACCCGUCCCGUCUCGGUCAAGCAAGUACCGCGAAGCACCCACUGCCUAUCUGUAUCCAAACGUGCGGCAGGAGCCACAUAGCCGAUUCCAGCGCUCUUCCAGUCGAGAGGAAGAUAAUAGCCUUCGAGGAUCGGUAAACUCACGUGAGGAGGAAGUUAAACCGAUUAUCACGAAACCAACUCCGCUGCAGAAUCGAUUCCGGGAUGCGUUCAAUACUGAUGAGUUUGGUGUCGAGGAUCGUAAGAAACGAAUCACCAUUGAAGAUAAACGCUACGAGCAUGAGGAAAGUCGUAGGAACACGCAACCUGAGCGACAUCAUGAAAACGACCGUGAAGAACAUUUCAUGUAUAAGAAGUCGACCGGGUCCGGCAAAUAUUACGAUGGAUACGAUAAUGAAAAAGCUCGUUACCGUGAAAAUCUAACAGACCGCCAGAAGUACCGCGAAAUUAUAUCAGAGACUAGCAAAUAUCACGACGAAAUUCCCAAACAAGGUGGGUAUGUAGCUGGAUAUACCGAGUAUUCACCGGAAAGAACUCGUCGCAACAAGUACUCGCCUUCAUACGAUGAUCAUCGUGAUUUCAAGAUUGAACGAGAGUAUCGCGAUCACUCGAGAUCGUCGGGAAAUAGAGAUCAUUACGUUCGCGAUGAAAGUCCGGAAGAUCGGUAUCGGGGAGGAUUCAAUGACCGUAGGCCCUACAAAGAAAGUGAUUCCAUGAUGUACCGCGACCCUCCGGUCGAGAAGGUCAGCAAGGCUCCCCUGACCCGUUACAAGUCAUCCGACGAUUCGAAACACAGCCGAGAUAGGUACGACGAUCGAUGGGAGCGAGAGGCAAUGUAUCCAGAAGAACAUUCUUCUGGUGGCAAAUAUAGAGAUGAUUCUGCCCGUUACCGAGACGAUAUAAAGAAAUCGCCUGUAAUGAAGAAAAUUGAAGCCCGUGCUAAGACAAUCGAGUUGAAAAAUAGUUCACCCGAAUCAACUAUUCGUAAGGUUUCGCCGAAAGAUCGUUUUCAAAACGCGAAAGAAAAGUUCCAACAGAUGGAGCGGGAACGCCACGAGCAGGAACGCCUUGAAAGGGAGCGCCAGGAGCGGGAACAGAUGAUACAUGCAAAACGUAUUUCCGAAGCACCGAGAAGAAGUUCGUUGGAGCCAGUGGUGGUCAGCUCACACGAAAGCAACGGUUGGAGUUCGGAAGAGGAGGAAGAGGAGGAUGUCCCACCACCGAGAGGACCACCUCCGCGUUCGUCCAACAGUGCUGGUUAUCGCGAGCUAGAAUCGACCGAACGUUACCCGGGACUGGAUCGUGAACAGAUGGCAGCGCGCAUGGCGCCAGCCAAGAGCCUCGGUAAUCUGGCCAAAGGCUAUCGCCAUAGCUACGCUGAACCACGGCCGCCGCCAGUCUCCCGGAGCAGCGGCCGAGUUGGACUCGCCGCAGUUAAUCCAUAUUGAUGCAAUCCACUAGCUCUUUGUUUGUAUAAACCUUUUGGUGUAUUGUUUUUUUUUUUGUUGAAUGCGGUUGUAACAUAUUCAGAUGCGUUGCAAAACAAUAGCUUAAAUCAUACUCUAUAGCAGAAGAAAUAGUUUACAACCAUAGCUCAAGCGAAUGCAAAUUACAAAUAACAUGUGUUGAAGUGCCUUAUAGAAAUAAUUUGCAAUGAUUAAAUUGGUAAGCAUUCUGUGUAAAUUGGCAAUCGAAUAUAAUAAAUAAUUAAAGAAAAA